ACCUGUGCAGCGCUAAUCACUGUACAGACUUGAGAAUCUGGUUGGUGUGACUCUCAUUCAGCGUUUCCACUCGACGUGAUCAUGAGGACAACGAUGUUCCUGCUGUUCAGCUUGUUCUUCUCGUCUCCCUUUACUCGCAGUGAGGUCACCGGGAAGGCGUCUUCCCGUCACCCAAGUGAAUGUAAACCAUCCGCCGAUUGUAUUGCCAAUGGUGGCUACUGCAUCAACAACAGCCAUAAAAGCGACUGCAAGGGCCUGCUAUUUUCGAAGGAAUGCAUCUCGACCCAAUGUUCCUGCUGCAUAGACGCUCCCUGGUUGGAGAAUGAAUGCGCAACGGGAGGCGACACCUGCCCCGCCAACUCUGCGUGUCAAGAUAAGGACGUGGGAUACGAGUGCCUUUGUGAUCCAGGCUUCGCCCAGUGCGGAGACAUGAACGAGUGUGACAGCAAUCCAUGUGGUGCAAACUCCCAGUGCCACAACACAUACGGAAGUUAUGACUGCGUCUGCAACGCUGGGUAUGAAAAAAUCAACGGCGCUUGUGUUGAUGUCAUUGAGUGCAACAUGAAUGCCUGUGGUGCCAACGGCGUCUGCACUAAUACCCCUGGAAGUUUCAGUUGCUCGUGCAAUGCAGGAUACACUGAAAUGGAAGGCAUUUGUGUGGAUGUCGACGAAUGCCAGUGCGGCCCAUGCUCCAGUUACUCCACGUGCAAGAACACUCCCGGGAGUUACCUGUGUGAGUGCCUGGCGGGAUUCUCAGGCGUUGCUGGAUCAGGAUCCUGUACAGAUAUCAAUGAAUGCGCGUCUUCCCCUUGCCAACUCAACCAAAACUGCAUCAACUCUCCCGGAAGUUAUUCCUGCUCGUGCCAUGCUUGCAAAGAUCGCUGUGAGCACAAUGGAACCUACAUUCUCCUACUUAGUAGAUGUGUCAGGCUGAUAACCGGCAAUAUGACUUACUAUGAGGCGGAGGCACGUUGUCGGGACGACUACAACGGAUGGGUUGACCUCACUUCACAGUUUGAUGUGUUAUUCCGCGUUGAAUUGUUACCCAACAUAAGUGAUAAGGCUUGGGUCAAGGAUAUAGCUAUUUACCCUAACAAAAGCGUGAAUGAAUGUACCGCUCUCGUUAAAGGAGCUAACCCAUACAAUAGUGGUAUUUUCCCUUGUGAUACCGUGAUGAACUACGCUGUAUGCGAAGUUCAGAAAAAUUGGUAAUGGACGACGUACAAGGAAAUUGCAAACAAAUUACAUCAAAUUUCAGAUGGAUAUGACCCCAAAACAAACGAUUUGUUAUUGGGAAUGUUCUCCUUCCUAUUGCUUGACGGGCAAUGAUAAAGACGAUUGAAUCCUUGUCAUGCAAAACCUAUUUCUUCAUAAAGUAAAAGAAGUGGAACUUUUAA